UAAGCCUGUUUCUCCCAGAGAGAGAGAGAGAGAGAGAAGAAAAGAGUGCUGUAAAUAGCUAUGUGUAAAGGGCUUUUAAAGUGAAGAAAUGGGGUAAAGAGAGAGAAGUUUUGAAAAGACAGACAGAGAAGCUUAUUGUGCACGGCAAAACAGUGGAGAAACAGAACAGUUAAAAUCUCAGCAAAUGGCAAGUUAGGGUUUCGAAAUUCGCAUCCACUCCUUCACUGAGUUCCAUACUGCCAUAGUGUCACAGAUCAAGAGGACCCAUCAUUACAACUAUACGACGUAGUUUUCUCGCCGGACUUUCCACUGCAAAUAUGUUGGACUACCAAUGGGGAAACCCAACAACAAUUAUGUUUACUGGAGAUGAACCCACCCAAGAACCAAACCAAACCCGCCAGAUUUUCGAUCACUUCACCUCUCAACAAUCCUUCACUGAAAAUACUCACCACCAUCAACACCACAACGACAACAACUUCUUUCCUCAACCCACUACUAACACAGCCUUCUACCACCAUCAACACCCCCAUAAUGUUCAUUCCCUAUUUGAUCCACGCGCGUAUAGUGGCGCGUCCUCCUACGCUCCUUCACACCACCCCUCUAUGCUUUCGAUGGACCAUGUGUCUACUGGCUCUGGAAGUGGAGGCGGUUACUUUGUUAUCCCUAAAAGUGAAGAAGUUUCUCGACCAAUUGAUUUCGCUUCGAGGAUUGGGUUGAACUUGGGUGGAAGAACUUACUUCUCUUCAACUGAUGAUGAUUUCGUGAACCGGCUUUACCGUAGGUCCAGACCAGGCGAACCGGGUUCUUCUAACUCCCCUAGGUGCCAAGCCGAGGGCUGUAAUGCCGAUCUGACCCACGCUAAGCAUUACCACCGUCGUCACAAGGUCUGCGAGUUCCACUCCAAGGCAUCCACCGUGAUUGCUGCUGGGUUGACUCAGCGUUUCUGCCAGCAGUGUAGCAGAUUCCAUCUUCUCUCGGAGUUCGAUAAUGGGAAACGCAGUUGUCGAAAGAGAUUGGCAGAUCACAAUCGUAGAAGGCGGAAAUCUCAACAACAACCAAAUCUAGAAGGUCAAAAGCCACAGUCGCUUGAAACUGCUUGCAAUUCCUCGUCUGAGAAUAUUGCAAGGUCACCUCCAGAUUCAGGAAUUCAUUCGUCAUCGUCGGUGACAGUUGCUGUAUCACCGCCACGAAUGUCAUUGGAUUGUUUUAGGCAAAGGCCUUACCAAGCAAAUGCAGCUUCGUCUUCAGCUUCACAAAGCUCACUUUUUUUCUCUACUGGUUAAUUAACGUCACUGAUAAAAGGGUCGAAGGAAUUAGCUAGCUUAUCAAUCAAUAACAUAAUUAUGAACUGUCUGCUUUCUUUUCCCUAAAAUCUGAAUGUUUACUCUUAAAUUCUUACUAGUAAUAUAAAAAAAUUUGACUCAUGGAUGGAGUGUCCUUUAUUUACUUAUUUAUUUGUCCUGAAAAAAAAAUAUAAAUUGCCAAUAGUGUAUAUCUUUAUGUUUUACCGUUUGAAAUUCACCAGGAGUAAACACAGAAGAGGAGAAUUGGAAUUUUCCAAUACAAGUAACUGUUUGGUUUCAGCAAUAGUUUGGCC